AUGGUGCCGUUGAAACUCAUCACCAUAAUGGAAUUGCCUAUUUGCUGCUACGUGAAAAUUUCGUUGUGCGCCACCACUUCUGCACAAAGUUCUGUUUCAAACAUACAUCGCUAUCAGCAAUCAUUUUUGAUAAGUUAUCAACAAGUAGAAAGCCAGCUGCAGGUGCGAAAUCGACAUCAACAAAAAUCGAUUCCAAUUCUGUGA